GACCUUGUGGCCCACAAGGGAAAAGGGGCAGCUGGGGCCCGGGGCCCCCAGUCUGGUGGGGGCAGGAGUGAAGUGGGGGGUUCCCAGGGCGGCGCGCUGCAUUCCUAACUCCUCCUAAGUUUCCCUCGUCCUGUUGGGGUGUUUCUCUUUGACGCUGAUAAUGAAGAGAAGCACGAGUCCCAAAUGAGCAUGCGUGCGGCUGUUCCCCGCCCCGCAGGUAGGUCUAUGAAGUUAUAACAAUCGUGCUGCUUCUCUACUCCCCGAGAGUCGUGAGGAGGCCGAGGGAAUUAUGGGCUGGAGGCAUGUUGCUUUCACUGGCCCCCAAGCUGGAUUUUCCCGUUCUGGACGUUUCACACACGUGGACUCACACCCGGUGUGGCCUCUCGUGUCUGGUUCCCUCCCUGAGUUUUGUGUGUUCGGCCCUGCAGACGGCGGGUGUCCUCGCUCCUGCUCGCGGCUGAGUGGGCGGACAGUGUGUCGAUCCAUUCAUCCAUCCAUGCACAGUCGGGCUGUUUCUACAUCCCGUGAAUUGUGAAUCCUGCUGCUGUGAGCACGUGUGCGGCUCUGAGCACCUGCCAGGGCCGGGCCGUGCGUCCAGGGGUGCUUGGCCUCCUUCUUGCAGUUUUGGUGGCCUCAUCUGUGCAACAGCACCAAGCCUGGCACUUGCUUCACCCAACGUAAGAUCGAGAGAGGUCGUCUUCCCACUGGCACACAGCAAGCACCCAAAGUGUGCCCGCCGGGGGCAGACACUUCGGGAAACCAGUUCUGUAAACCAUUCAUCAGAGUUACCGUAUGACCCAGCAGUUCCGCUUCUAGGCAUGUCCCCAAGAGAAACGACAUAUAUCUGCACAAAACCGUUACAGGGAUAUUCUCAGCAGGAGGAAUCACGACAACCGAAGAUGGAAACAACCGAGAUGCCCAUCAAGGGACGGACGGUCAAUGUGCCCAUCGCGCACGCGCACGUCACUCAGGUGUGUCCACGCACGCGCUCGUCCACAGAUAAACGUGUCCGCCGUGCACGCGCACGUCCCACGGCCGGCAACAGGAGCGAGGCGCCCACGCCCGCCGCCCCGCGCGGAGGGACCCUGAACACACGACGCCGAGGGAGGGAACCAGACACGAGAGGCCACACGGGGUGGAUGGGUUCCAAGGCCAAGAAGCGGGUGGUACUGCCCACUCGCCCAGCGCCCCCCACGGUGGAGCAGAUCCUGGAGGACGUGCGGGGUGCGCCCUCCGAGGACCCCGUUUUCACCGCCCUGGCCCUGGAAGACUCCCCAGGCCUCUCCGGGAGGGCGGAGGACGCGGAGGCCCAGCGGCAGCAGCUUUACCAGCAGAGCCGCGCCUACGUAGCCAUGAAUCAGCGUCUGCAGCAGGCGGGCGAUGGGCUGAAGCAGAAGCGUGAGGACCUGUGGCUGGCUGGCGAGGGGCUGGAGCGGGAAGUCCGGCUGCUGAAGCAGGGGGCGCCCCCAGGGGCCGUGGCCGCCUCCUUGGGCUGACUGGCCCGCCAGCUCGCCUUAGCGCGCACCCCGGCAGGGCGCCCCGCGGCUCCCCGGAACCUUUGGUCCCCCCCGAGACACCUGACCCGGCACACCUCAGACGCGGGCCCCUGGGUCGCAUGGCCUGGGCUCGCCCCGGGGCCCGGAGACCCCGGGGCCCACAGCCUGCGUGGGGGGUGACAGACACAGCUGCCUCGCCGGGCGCGGGCCCCUUUCGAGGGGCGGGUCUGGGGCGGUGUGGGUGCCGCUCGCCCCGGCCGUGGAGCCCAGACCGGACUUCGUGCGGGGUCCCCAGCACUCGAGGGCCGGUCCGUCCAACCUCUCCUUGCCUCUGGCGACCCUGCUUCCCCGCGUCAUCGCAAGGGAGAUGGUGGAACCCCGGCUGCUUUCUGUCUCCGCCCAUCUCUGCGUGAACUGCGGGGGGGGCAGGAUUCCGGCAGAGCCCCCCGUUCCCUCCAGACAGUGGCCGGCUGCUGGAAGAGCACUUGCCCAGCAGGGCCCGGACCGGAGACGGGGCCUCUGGUGGUGCCCCUACUGAGCGCCCCGAUCCGAGGCCUGGGCGCUCCUGCGGGGCGGGUUACCCGUCGGGGUGCGGGACCCACCUGAGACCCACCCCAUCACGGGGGUGCCUGGCCUGGGCUCCCGGGAGGGGACAAGCUGGCCAGUCUCCCACCCGAGCCCUCGCUGGCUGCCUUCAUCCUGGAAGGCUUCGUCUAUGGGCAGGUGUAUGGAACAGGAGCGGAUCUUGAAAAGGGCUUUUCGCUCCAAAAGAGCAACUUUCAGAAAACUGGAGCAGAGGUGGCUGGCUGCAAGAGGCGUCCCAGAAGCCAGGCUGCUCGUGGCUGCCCCUGUCCGGGGCUCCGUGGGAGCUCCGAAGUGCCACAGCAGGACCCUGACACGGGGGACCCCGAGCAUCCCCGGAGGUGUUUCUCUUCCCUUGAAGAAGGGGAGCCUGCUUAAGCCUGAGAGGCCCCAAAACCAAGACCCAGAAAAGGGGGCCUUGGGGACGCUUGACCAUCGCACGCCCGCCCCGCUGCUCACGGCACGCCCUUGGUGAGAAGUUCUUCCGCUUUCCCUGCCUGGCCCUGGUCUCCAGCGCUUCCUGACUCCGGGGUGCCGUCCACUCGGAGUCCCCUGGGGUCAGGCAGGGGCACACCCGCUGGCCUCCCGGUGCUGUCGACCUGGGACCCCGGGCCCACACUCAGGCUCUGCGUCCAGGGACCUGCCCAAAGAGGCAUCUGCUUGCUCCCGGCAGAAGCCAGGCUGGGCCGUCACCAGGA